UUCUAGUUUUCACUCUCUAGUAAACUGCUCCGUGACAUAGCGAGUGAGGCGAUGUGCGUCAGUAAUAACCAUCCGUGUAAAACACAAGCAGAGCAGGUCAUAUGAACGAGUGAAAUUAAUUAAAUGAAGCUUUAAUUCGUGAAAAACUGCCUCGAUCAUUUUUUGUAAUCGAAUCAUUCAAAUAAUUGGAGUAAUCGUUUCAGCCCUAAAUGUUAGUUUCAUGUUUGUAUUGAUGUAUUUGUGUCUAGCUGAAAUGGCGCAGAGAGAUCAGCUGGACCGAGAAACACUCUGCUGUUCCAUCUGUCUGGAUCUACUGAAGGAUCCGGUGAGUCUUCCCUGUGGCCACAGCUACUGUAUGAGCUGUAUUAAAGGAUUCUGGGAUGGAGAGGAUCAGAGGAAGAUCUACAGCUGCCCUCAGUGCAGAGAGGCCUUCACACCGAGGCCUGUCCUGAAGAAAAACACCAUGUUAGCAGCUUUAGUGGAGCAGCUGAAGAAGACUGGACUCCAAGCUGCUCCUGCUGAUCACUGCUAUGCUGGACCUGAAGAUGUGGCUUGUGAUGUCUGCACUGGGAGGAAGCUGAAAGCCUUCAAGUCCUGUCUGCAGUGUCUGGUCUCUUACUGUGAGAAUCACCUCCAGCCUCAUUACACUGUUGGUCAAUUUAAGAAACACAAGUUGGUGGAGCCCUCGGAGAAGCUCCAGGAGAACAUCUGCUCUCGUCAUGAUAAGGUGAUGGAGAUAUUCUGCCGUACAGAUAAGAAGUGUAUCUGUUAUCUGUGCACUAUGGAGGAUCAUAAAGGCCACGACACAGUCCCAGCUGCAGCAGAAAGGACUGAGAGGCAGAGAGAGCUCGAGGUGAGUCGACUAAACAUCCAGCAGAGAAUCCAGGACAGAGAGAAAGAUGUGAAGCUGCUUCAACAGGAGGUGGAGGCCGUCAGUCGCUCUGCUGAUAAAGCAGUGGAGGACAGUGAGAAGAUCUUCACUCAGCUGAUCCGUCUCCUCCAGAAAAGAAGCUCUGAUGUGAAGCAGCAGAUCAGAUCCCAGCAGGAAACUGAAGUGAGUGGAGUCAAAGAGCUUCAGGAGAAGCUGCAGCAGGAGAUCACUGAGCUGAAGAGGAAAGACGCUGAACUGAAGCAGCUCUCACACACAGAGGAUCACAACCAGUUUCUACACAACUACCCCUCAGUGUCACAACUCAGUGAACCUACAGACUCAUCCAGCAUCAAUAUCCGUCCUCUGAGAUACUUUGAGGAUGUGACAGCAGCUGUGUCAGAGCUCAGAGAUAAACUACAGGACAUCCUGAGGGACAAUUGGACAAACAUCUCACUGGCAGUGACUGAAGUGGACGUUUUACUGUCAGAACCAGAACCAGAACCCAAGACAAGAGCUGGGUUCUUAACAUAUUCACAUGAAAUCACUCUGGAUCCAAACACAGCAAACACAUAUCUGUUAUUAUCUGAGGGGAACAGAAAAGUAGAAUUUAUGAGUCAACAACAGUCUUAUUCUAGUCACACAGACAGAUUCACUGAUAAGUGUCAGGUCCUGAGUAGAGAGAGUCUGACUGGACGUUGUUACUGGGAGGUGGAGAAGAGAGGAGGGAUGUGGGGAGUUUAUGUAGCAGUCGCAUACAAGAAUAUCAGCAGAGCAGGAAAUGAAUCUCUAUUUGGACGUAAUGACAAAUCUUGGUCUUUAACUUGUGGCACUAACAGUUAUGAAUUUAACUUCAACAAGAUUAAAACUCCCGUCUCAGGUCCUAUUUCCUCCAGAGUCGGAGUGUACCUGGAUCACAGAGCAGGUAUUCUGUCCUUCUACAACGUCUCUGAAACCAUGACUCUCCUCCACAGAGUCCAGACCACAUUCACUCAGCCUCUCUAUGCUGGACUUUGGGUUUUAGACACAGCUGAGUUGUGUAAAGUGAAAUAGACAGAAGUCAUUUCAGACUUCAUGUGUCAGAUGUUGUAAUUCU